AUGCUGAAAGUAGGUGUUAUCACACAGUAUGAUCAGAUCGGGAGCAACAUCACACUCAUAUGUAAAAAUGCAGAUAAUGGAGUGGCUGAAUGGAGGCUGAAUGACUCAGAAAUCAUGAGGACCAGAGACAUGGAACUAACUGGAACAAGCCUCACUAUUUUCAGUAUCAGUAAAUCCCAGGAAGGGCAGUACAGCUGUCACAAUCCGGAGUCAGGCAAAGCUUACAGCACAAUCUCGUUGGUUUUAGGCUAUCCACCAGGAAAGCCUCAGGUCACUUGUUGGUCAGUGCGAUAUCCACUGAAUGUUGUCUGCUCCUGGAAACUGGAAAACCAAAACUACCUUCCCACAAGGAUCAAUGUCACAUACAGAUAUGGAAUUGAAGAUGCUGAAUGGUGCUCAGAUGAAGAGACACUGCAGGGCAACUGCACAAUUGAGGACAUCAAACUCUUUUCAAAGACUCCCUACACAGUGAAGGUGACAGCUACAAACUCACUGGGAUUCAGAUCCACUAUUAGCCAAUUCAUUGUGGAGAAGAUAAUCAAGCCAGAUCCACCGACAGAUGUCAGUGUUUCUCCAAUACCCAACCAACCAAAGAAGUUAUUGCUACAGUGGAAACCACCUGUCACGUGGCCUGAUCCCAGUUUAUUUUUGUUGAAGUACAGAAUAAAUUACUGGCCGGAUGGAUCAACUAGACACAGAAUGAUUGAGAUCAGUGACCAAACCAGCUAUACCCUCAGUGGCCUGCGAUCUAGAGCUCUAUACUUUGUGAAAGUUGCAGCAAAGGACUUUGUUGACAAUGGUAUCUCCAGUGAUUGGAGUCCAACCGUUUCUGCACGCUUGUGGUCCAACUGAGAGAUUAAACUUUCUGCACUAACAGCUCUGAAGUUAAAGCUGCUUCUGGUGACAAUGUGCUUACAAACACAAUAAUUCUUAUGGGCUUUCAUCA